GUCGGACCGCACUGCAUGCUGGGAUAUGCUGGGCCGCAAAGGACAGAUCAGAUGCGUUCUCCUGGAGGGCUGCGUCCCUCGACCGCGUUCGGAGGAGCCGAUGGAUUGAGAGAGACCCCGUAUGCUCCCACGUGCUGUACCAUGGAGGAGAGCAGCAGCAGCAUGCGGAGCAGCGAACAGAAAGAGGAGAUGAAGAAAGUCUCCGAGAAAACUGUGAAGAAGAGAAGUAAAGAGGAGGAGGACGCGGAGCCAGACGAGGUCUUCAACUUCAAGUGUACAGAGAAGGAGGAGGAAGAAGAAGAUGUGACGGACAGCGAGGACAGCGUCUUCUCGGGACUGGAAGAUUCUCUGAGUGACAGUGCUGAUGAUGAUGAUGAUGAUGACGAUGAUGAUGACGAAGAUCAGAAGGUGGAGCCAGAGCAGACUCCGCAGGUAAAGGAGGGAGCAGCGCAGGAAGAUGAGUACAAACAGGACUCUUCAGAUGAGGAGGACAUCAGGAACACAGUGGGGAACAUCCCUAUGGAGUGGUACAAGGACUUCCCUCACAUUGGCUACAACCUGGAUGGGAAGAAGAUCUACAAACCAAUCAGGAACAAGGACGAGCUCGAUGAGUUCUUGGACAAAAUGGAGGACCCUAAUUACUGGAGAACGGUCCACGACAAGCAGACAGGAAGUGACAUCGUGCUGUCAGAUGAGCAGGUGGAGCUGGUGAAACGUCUGCAGAGGGGACAGUUUGGCGAUGUGAACUUCAACGAGUACCAGCCUCAGGUGGAGUUCUUCAGUGAGGACCUGAUGAUCCACCCGGUCACCAACCGACCAGCAGAUAAGCGCAGCUUCAUCCCAUCCCUCAUUGAGAAGGAGAAGGUCUCCAAGCUUGUCCACGCCAUCAAGAUGGGCUGGAUCAAACCCCGGCGCACGGAGGACGCCAGCAGGGGAAGUUACUACGACCUGUGGGCCAAUGAGGACUCUUCUAUUCUGGCCAAUCACAAGAUGCACCUGCCCGCCCCUAAAAUCCCUCUACCUGGUCAUCAGGAGUCCUACAACCCCCCGCCGGAAUACCUGUUCACGGACGAGGAGCGUGCUUUGUGGGAGCAACAGGACGUCUCAGACAGGAAGCUGCCGUUUGUCCCCAGAAAGUUCUCCAGCCUCCGUCAGGUUCCGUCCUUUCCUCGUUUCCUCCACGAGAGGUUUGAGCGCUGCCUCGACCUUUACCUGUGUCCCCGGCAGAGGAAGAUGAGGGUCAAUGUGAAUCCAGACGACUUGAUCCCCAAACUCCCGAAACCAAAAGAUCUCCAGCCGUUUCCAACCACACAGUCACUGGUGUAUCGGGGUCACAGCGGUCUGGUUCGCUCCAUUAGUGUGUCUCCAUCAGGACAAUGGCUCGCCUCAGGCAGUGAUGAUGGUUCCGUCAGGUUCUGGGAAGUGUGUUCGUCUCGCUGUAUGAGGACAGUCCAGGUGGGCGGAGCUGUGAAGAGCAUCGCCUGGAACCCAAACCCGCUGGUCUCUCUGCUGGCUGUCGCUCAGGACUCGGUGGUCUUGAUCCUGUCUCCCUCUCUGGCAGACAGACAGGUUCUCUUGUCAACAGAGCAACUACUCUCGGAUCAGUGGGAGGCGGAGUCCGCAGAGGAGGACGGUCCUGUGAAAUGGAUUAAUCUGGAAGGGGAGGAGCUUAGCCAAGGGAUCCGCAUCAAGAUUCAACACCCCAAAGCUGUGCACCAGGUGACGUGGCAUGCUAAAGGAGAUUACCUGGCCUCGGUGAUGCCCGAUCACUCAAGCCACCUGCAGGUGUUCAUUCACCAGGUGAGCCGGAGGCGCAGUCAGAACCCCUUCAGGAAGAGCAAAGGUCUGGUUCAGUGCGUAUCCUUCCACCCAGUCAGGCCCUACUUCUUUGUGGGGACGCAGCGCUCUGUCCGGAUCUACAACCUGGUCAAACAGGAAAUGACCAAAAAACUGCAGGCCAACUCCAAGUGGAUCUCCAGCAUGGCCGUCCACCCUGGAGGUGAUCAUGUGAUCUGUGGGAGUUAUGACUGCAGGCUGAGCUGGUUUGACCUUGACCUCUCAACCAAACCUUACAAGAUGUUACGACACCACAAGAAGGCUGUGAGGGGUGUGGCCUAUCAUCGACUCUAUCCGCUGUUUGCCUCGGCGUCCGAUGAUGGGUCUGUCAUUGUCUGCCAUGGGACUGUUUACAGUGACCUGCUACAAAACCCAUUGAUCGUCCCGGUGAAGGUUCUCCGAGGCCAUGUGAUCACUCAUGACCUUGGGGUGCUGGAUGUGACCUUUCACCCCACUCAGCCCUGGAUCUUCUCCUCUGGUGCUGACGGCACUAUCCGCCUCUUCACCUAGAGACCCAAGACCUUUGACCUUUAAUGAAACAAACUUUCAUCAGCAGCUGCUUGUUACCAUGGUGAUUCUUCUACUUGUCAAUAAAUGAAUGUUCUUUUUAA